AUGAGGCGGACCGAUGACGGCCAGGUCGCGCGGCAGGGCCCGCCGCCCUUCCGGGUGCUGGCCGUUCCCGACAAUAUGUACCUGUCGCCGACGCCCCCCGUGCCGGCGCCGCCGCCCCCGCGCGCGCCCGAACCCUACAAGAUCGCCCCGCCGACGUCGACGUCCUUCGGCAGAGCGCACCGUCGUUCCAGCUUCGUAAUACUCGCCGAGUCCAGGCCGGCGAGUCCGGAAACCGGCGAUGCCACCUUGCCGACAGGGAGGGUCUCGCCCUUCCGCGGACGCGGCUUCAAGGGGCCACCCCCUCGCUCAAUGUCGAGGCCGCAGUCGCCGGAAGUUGACGGACGUCGUCGCAGAGUCGAGCGAAGAGUGUCGUUGUCGCAGCAGAACAGUCCCCGAAGGAGCCUAAUACCACAGCCCACUUAUCGUCAGCGGUCCACCUCCUUGACGAAGGACAACGAGCGUUCGCCGUCGCCGAAGAUCGGUCGCCGGGUCGACUCGAGAACGCGGCUGAAUGUCGCGAAUUCACAUGGUCGAUUGAACUUGGCCGAUUCGAAGUCGCGGCUGAACGACUCGAAGACGCGUCUGAACAAGUCCGACUCCCGGAGUCGUACGAAUCUGACCGAGGCCAAGACCCGCUUCAUCUCCAACUCCACCAGUAAUCUCAUCAGUAACUCGACGACGCGCCGACAGCCGGCGACGAAAGGCUCGACGACGCGACUCUCGCCGAUCCAAGGCACCCCGACGAAACCGGAGAAGACGACUACCCCUCGAUCGAACGUAAGAGGGAAGGAUGCCACGAGGCAGUCUCCCACGAAGGCAUCGAGAACGUCGCCGCAGAAGAACAACGUCACUCGAAGGGACAAUCAGAAAAAAAGCCCCAGCAAGGACCGUCUCCUCUCGCCGUCGAGGAUUCCCCUGAAGAGCAAGGCGAACGUCCUGUCGAAUACCGUCAGGUUCAUCUCGACGUCCCAGCAGAACGGAAAGACGGAAAGGUUUGUGAAGGAAGACACGAGCGACGAGCAGACCGGUCAGCCAGUUCAGAAUGGUCGAUCGGAAUCGAAGGAAAACGGAAUGAACGGUAACUCCUCGGCCAACGGAGACGACGUGCCCGAUCUUAGAGAUCUUUUGAAACAGACCUCGCAGGCGGUCGGCACGUCCAGCGAACGUCUAGUGAACACCACGACGACCACGGCGGUGCAACCGCUGCAUCUCGACGCGAACGCGCUUCUCGUGGAACGCAACGAUGGUUCAACGACGAAUCAGCAGAAGUCCGACGGUACGCUCAAGUCCUCCGUUUCUCCCGCAUCCAAGGGCGAAUCGCCGGUGCCUGUAUCGACGUCGAACGCAGCAUUGCCGGGUCAGACGUCGCCGUUUGUCGAAAAUCAAUCGGUCAGGACGAGUCAAGCGAUUAAUUCUGGUAACGAUAAGAAGGACUCUCCCGUCGGCGCGGAGGGUGGCACCGGAGGACACUCGAAGAGCGGCAGUAUCAGUCAAUCCGUGAAGAGCGUCAGGAUCAACGACGAAGUACAUCAGCGUUCCACCAAUCAGUCUUCUGCCAAUCAGCGUUCCGGCAGGAACAGUCAGAACGCUCGCGGGAAGGUUUCGGAAGAACCGGAAGCCGCUUCGAUGGCGCCGGCGGAGGUCAAGAGCGGCUCCGCGGGCGGCAAGAUGACGACGAGUCGUGACGUUCCGGCGAACGACAAGAUGCCCACGGUGAUGGAGAACGAUUCAAAGGUCAGAGCGGCCGAGGAGGCGACGAAUAACGCGACGAGUAACAACGCGACGACGACGAACAGCGUGGCGAGGGGCAACAACAGUGUGAAUCCCGCAGUCGGUGCAGUGAACGCAGGUGUGAACAGUGAUGCUGUGGUCCGUACGAGGAACAAGAAUCGCGGCAGCGACGCGUCCUUGAAGUCGUCCACCGGCGUGUCCACGGACUCGAUCGAGAGCGUGAGGUCGACGGACACGGGGGUGAGCGUGAACACGGUCAGAGGGGUGUCCUCGCCGAGGGAGAAAACGGGCGUGCACACGGUGAAGCGGCCGCAGGAGAUCGAGACCCUCAGCGGCAACAUCGUCCGCGUCGAGCAGAACGGAGAGCCAGCUGUCCUGGCAUCCAACAACGAGAAACAACGCGAUAGUGAAAGACUGUUGGCACGUUGGGGAAGGUCCUUGAGUCAAUACUGCAAGUGCUGCUCCGGUAUGAGGUGUCUCGCUUGCCGCAGGGAUUACAAGGGUCUCCUGUGGACCAGGAAACAGGGGAGGACGACGGUGAUCAACGAUAUCCCGCCGCCUGUUGCAAUCCCCACGCUCGAUGCACCACCGCCGCCGCCCGCAACAAACGCGUUGUCGUGCUGGUCGAAAUUAAAGGCGCGGUGCAGAUGCGUCAGUCUACGGGAUAGACUACGAGAGAUCAAGUGUUGCACAAGAAAAUCGAGAAUCGCUCCUGCCGAGUCUACCGUUUGCUGCCCGCCUGAGAGAAGAUGCGGUGCGAUCUGCCGUCGCGCGUUCAGCUGUUGCAAAUGCAGCUGCAAACGCGCGGACACGCAACAACGCACAAAAAACACACGUGCCAAGCACAGUCUUACGAGCGUGGCGCCGCCGCCCAUAUCGGAGGAACCAAAGGCUAAGAUACCGGAUGUCCUGGUGGAGCAUAAUUCAGUUAUGCGCGGCGCCAUUCCUUGUCUGCCGGUACCUCUCGCCUGGUUUUGCCUAGUGUGGAACUUCCUACUUCCUGGCACUGGAACCAUCUGGAGCGGCCUGUUCAAUCUGUGUACGGGACAGCCGAGAUUUUCCGCCGUCGCCGGAGCGCGAUCACGACUCGGUGCACUGAUCGUCAAUCUCAUCGUGGGCGUGAGCCAAAUGUUUACCGUUCUGUUCUGUCUCGUCGGAUGGGGUUGGAGCGUUUGGUGGGGCGUUACCAUGGUCCGCUUAGCUAGGAAGUACAAGCGAUUCAAGGAUUCGGAGGCAGCUAACAACGACCCUGAAGCCCGAGGGGGCGAGCCAGCCGCCUUACCUCCCGGCGUGCCGAGUCAAGCCCUGCGAGGGAUGGAGAGGGCGCGAUGAUGCAUUUUUAACGGAGAGAAGAGCGCGACCGUUUUUGGAACAUCUAAAGAUAUUUUGUAUUUCGUUCGACAAGUCUUCGCGUUUCGCUUAAUACCCAAUAGUUCCGAAUUGAAGACUGUCGUACGAAUAAAAUUUCAUUGUAUCGCUGACGCGAACAUAAGCAUCUUGUACAAACGGAUAUAUAUAUAUGACGAUAUAUAUUUGUGAAGAAUUAAUCGAUAAAAACUCUCCUCGGCCGCGAUAGAGUCGCGAUGUGAGAGCAAAGAUUAAUUAAAAAGCUUGCGGCAGUAACAUGUUAAGCCGUACGAAAAAAAAGUUCGACACUCA